AUGGAGGCACAGAAGCAGCCUGGUUUUACAGCUGCCCCACCAGAUGGACCAGUCCCAACCUCCUCUCAUCAGCCUGCUCAGGGUUCUCCAGACCUCAGCGCUGGCAGCGUGUUUCCUCAACAGGAACAAGCACUGUCGCAGCCCAUGUAUCUAAAAGCCCUCACCAUACCUCUGUACCAGCCCGUUCCUGCAGGAUGCUUUCAGCCACGCAGUCACCUGGUGGCUGCCAGGAGCUGUGUGAAUCUGGACAGCAAUAGCAUUCCUCUAAUCCUGAACCCACUUGUUCCUUCAGAAGGCACAGAUCAGCCUCAGUCCAUUCUUCAGAAACAGCUUGGGCAAACUCUAACGUUGACCAUAGUGAGCACUUUACCGGUUUUAUCGUCCCCAAAUUCUUGUGUAAAUGCACCUGCUGGAAGCCCAGGAAAAUCAAAAAAAGCUGGGAAAUAUAUCUGCAAACACUGUGGACGAGAUUGCUUGAAGCCAAGUGUCCUUGAGAAACAUAUCCGCUCGCACACAGGAGAGAGGCCCUUCCCGUGCACCACUUGCGGUAUUGCAUUUAAAACUCAAAGCAAUUUGUAUAAACACAGAAGAACUCAAACCCACGUCAACAAUACCAGACUGCCCUUGGAUUCUGACAACAGUGGCAUAUCGGAGCAAAUUGAGAAAUCAACAGAGAACACCACAUCAAAUCGAGGCAGCAAACUACUUAGCGGCACCUGUGAAGACAAGGGGACACAGAUGAAACAAGUGAGUUCAGAGACCAGUGCUGCAGCAGGCACUGGGAAACUUCCUAAUGACCUUUCACUGCUGGCAACAAACAAUUUGUCAUUUGCUUCAGAAACUCAAGAAACAACGAAUCAAUCCUUUAGUUCAAAGGCUAAUCAGGAGGGUCCUGAACGAGAACCUCGAAGUUUAUCAUCUCCAGGAGCUUUGCCAAAUGAUCAGUACCAGAGAAAGAAGAUCCAGGAGCAAAGAAGUCCAACUGCCAAUAAGCACAUUCAGUUGCAAAGGCAGCAAGCAACCUCUUCAGAAAAACAGUGGGAUUACAAGCCAUUUGACUGCAAGCUAAAGAAGUGUGAGAGCACUGACUCAGGGUAUCUGUCACGCUCUGACAGCACAGAACAACAGAUGGCACCACCCAGCCCGCUGCACAGUCUGUGUGAACACAGCACAGAACUGGAAAACGAAACUGCCUUCAGCAGCCUAAGGUGUGCCUCCGGAAGCACUGCAAAGCCAGAUGUAGCUGACAAAGCUACAGCCGUGAUGCUAGAGAAAAAGAGGCUGGAAGAACACAUCUCAAAACUUAUUUCUCAUAACAAAAGCGUGGUGGACGAUACCCAGUUAGACAACGUUAGGCCCAGAAAAACUGUCCUCUCCAAACAGGGGAGCAUCGACCUGCCAAUGCCUUAUACAUACAAAGACUCUUUCCAUUUUGACAUCAGAACUUGCGAUGUAAACAGGAAAAAGAAUCUUGCCCUUUGUUCCGCGAAAUCCACCUUUGCACCCAUAGAAAAAUGCAAGCCGAUGUUUUUUCAUUCGGUCCCCACUCAGUUCUCCACCACGAUUGACACUGUGCCUGUCACACGGAGCAACUCCUUGCCGUUUUUGGAGGGCACGCGAGUGGUACAUGACAAAGCAGGCUGCUCAAAGCCACUUUCUCUUAGUAAGCAGUCUGUAAAUCCAGACACUGCUGUUUUGCUGCCUAGCAACAAUCUUGCUGCAAAUUCAGUGGAUUUUCCUAAUAGCCAUCCCCGAGCUCUCGUCAGACAAACAGCAGUGGAUGAUUUGCCACUAAGUAAUGUGGUUGAUCAUCCUCCUGUGUUGGAGGAGUUGCAAGGGAAUAAAAAGCUUGGGGCUGGAGAAGUAAUCAGUGCUAAAAAUAAGAAACACAAUCAAAGGAAGUUAAAGAUGUUCUCUCAAGAAAAAUGGCAAAUGUAUGGAGAUGAAACAUUUAAGAAAAUCUACCAAAAAAUGAAAAGCAGUCAAAAUACCAAAAUUAAAGAAAAAGGGAGUAAGAUUACAGAUAUUGCAAGCUUCACUCCUGAUUCAAAGGAAUCAGUCAGCACUACUGAAAUUACUGAGGAAAGAGAUGGCAGGAGCUCUGUCAGUGACAGUAUUUCCUCCCUUGUGACAACAGGUUUGAAUACUGGUAAACCAGAAACCUGUGCUAAUGGUAAUCAUAUUCCACAGAAUGUGUCCUCCGAGGAAACUGCAGACAGUUCAACCCACAUCAUGGAGACAUCACAUCCAGUAAACCCUAGUGCACAUACUGCAAUGAGCAAAACUUCUCAAGAUCUCUGUGGCAGUGACACAGAUAAAUACACAGAUGGCAACAGCACAUUACCAGCUCCAAGCAGUUGUGAGCUGAGGCUUCAAAAUGCUCAGUGCCAGCUGAACACUAACAGAAGGAAUGAUGACUGCUUGCCAGUACAGAGGAGCAAAUGGGAAAAACCAAGUCCUGGGAAAGAAUCCAGUACAUCUGAAUCAGAUCGUAAAAGCAUUUCAAACAAUUAUGGAAACCAUAGCAGGAAUAUGGGAACCGGCCAGCAUGCCCUGACUGGGGGUCCAUUUGCAACAUGGGUCCAUUGCAACAACAACAGAGAAGCUGCAGGGAAAUCCCAGAAUUUACCGUCAGAAAGAAAAAAGCUGAAAUUUGAAGUGGAGAAGACAGGAAAGAUUAUUUCAGAUUCCUGCCCUGGUCCCAGUAGUGAAAACAACGCAGAAAAUGAAGCAGAGAGAGUUUAUUGCACCAGCACCCAGUGUCUUUCCACAGCACUGGUUAAAUUCUCCAGUCAAGCAGAGGAACAAAAAUUAAAGACAGGAAUUAAUGAAUCCACUGGAGGUACUCAGAAUGUGGAGAAUAUGGAAACAACCAAACUUCCCACAAAAGCUCUUAAUUAUAGUGAUGGUAACCUUCUUUCACAUUCAGCAGGUAUCUCAAAAGCUUCAUUUGUGGGAUUCUUAGAGCCUGAAUUAAGGGGAAGUGAUUGCAAUUCUUUUGCCUUGCACAAUGCAACAGAUAAAGAUGUCAAAACAUGUCUUGUGAAAACAGGAGCAAAAGUACCACUUCUCAAUGACAACACUGUUGAUGCGUCUUCUAAAAAUCAUCAUCUGCAACCUGGUCAUUUAACUCCAGUCCCACAACAACAUCCCUUUUCUCCAAAAUAUCUCCUUAAAUUGCCACAAGACAAGAGAGCCUCAGACUUGUCGCUUUUGAUUAGGUCAGAAGAGAAGGUGACAGCUUGCACAUCUGUGACAGACACCUUAACCACCCCUCCCUGCUUUUCCACCAGCGGAUCACUCACUUCUCAUUCCGACGAUGUGUUUUGGUCCCCUUUAAAAUUCGAAGUGAGACAAAAGGGCAGCAAAGGAGAACUACGAUGGAAUGGACGUGCAAACUGGAAAACUCCAGUAUUUUGUUCAGCAGUCAAUUCAGAAACAACAAGUAUCUCAUCCACAGCAGAUAACACCUCUUAUAACCAGAACUCCAGGCAGCAGGAUAUUAUAAGAGAUGCUUGGAAAAACGAACAGGACAAAAAUGAAUUAAAUUCUCAAAGGCAAACGGAAGAGAAGUGGAUGAGUGUAACUACUUCCUCUACACUGGCCCUAAAGAAGAAAAUAUGCUUUACUUCUAUGUAUACAACUGGUUUUUUCAUAUCAGCUGACAUCAAAGAAGAGAGGGAGGUUUUACAUCAUCUUUGCUCAGGAAGUGACUCUUUGACAAUGACAUCAGCUUCUAGCAAGGGUGCAGAGCCAGCAGUCGCAGGAAGGGACGGAGGUGAAAGUCCUUGCAUUCUUAGGGGCACUUCACCAACACCGUGGGAUACGCAGCAUUCGCAGAGCUCAGCAGACAACCCCACUUAUUUUUGCCACUCUUUAGGUACUUUUUAUUGCCACACUCUCACCACUCACCGUAAAGGAUUCCCGGCAUUACCCCACAACAAUCUGACUUGCUACUCUGGAAGCUCAGCAGUACCGAGCACGAAGAGCACGUUCCCAUCGCUGAGCGCUGAACCUCGACUGACGUGGUGCUGUUUGACAAGAAGCCUCCCCCUGCCUGCUCAGCAGAAGGGAAGUGCAGACUCUGCCUAUUCCUCCCUGCACGCCUCUGACAAGGAAGCCAGCAAUGAACGUACACCGUCGAAAUGCGAUAUUUCCAUUUUCAAAAUGAAAAGUCUCAGCAAGACUGUGGCACAUGGCUUAACAAACAGGAGUUUAAAAACAUUGGUUUCGUCCUUUUCUAAGGGACAGCAGAUGCAGGAGCUAAGCUCAGCAGUUCCUGGUGGUGCUCUCAAAACUAUUUCAGAGCAAAAGAAGACAGUAGUUUGCAAAAAGGAAAAUCUCUCAACAAAUAAACUCAAGAGGAGUCACAAACAGAAAAAGAUUAAAGUCACCCCAAAAUGGUACAGAGGGAGACACACACAUGGAUACGCUCAGUGGAAAAUGAACCGUCUAAGCAAGCGGCACUGUUUUCCAAACAGAACACUGAAUGCUUUGAAAAAGGGCUUUUCAUCACAACCCUGUAAAUUUAAUAAGAGCUGCCAUUCUCCUCAGUCAAAGCUACAAGAAAAUUACCUACACCAGCAAAAAGACACAUCUUGUUCCACCUCAGACAAGCCACUUUGCAGAAGGAAAAAAGAAGGGAAGAAUAAGUCAGGAAUAUUUUCCCAUGCUGAAAAUCUAAACCAUGUUAAAAAAAAAGACAGAAUGGAUGAAAAAGAUAUUUCUGGGCAAAUCAGGGAGCACACAGGAGCAAGCUUCUCUUUUCAGAGCACUACAGCUCCUCUGGAAAUAUCUAUGAUAGCUCAUUCCUUUCCAUCCACAGCUAAUACAGCCAUGCAGCAAGUCGGCAGUGAUGUGGAAAUCUGCUGUUUUGUGUCACGACCACUUGUGCUUCAGCGAUCAGUGCCAGGGGAGUCACAGCCGAACGUUCAGAGUGACUCGAUGACACCUUCUUUCCGGUCUUGCCUGUUCAAUUUUACAAAUACAGGCACAGGUGACCAACUUGACAGCACAAACUCAGCGACUACUCGUCCUCUUUCCUUACACCACGGACCAAGCCAGGAACACACACUAGACACAGAGUCAGAGAAUCAAAGACCCAGUGCAUUAGACCUGGUGAUCCAGGCCUCAGGAAAGGAGAAACCUCCAAUGGAAGAAAACACAUAUUCAUCUCCAAAAGAAAACUCAGCUCCCAGUUCCCAGCCUGGAUGCUCACGUUUAUUAGGAUCAAAAGCAGAGCCUCUUCCCGAGUCCGUCACAAGGGCUAAAUUACCCAAUACAGCAUUCCCAGAGUGGGCAAACUUUUCUCAAAAAAUCCUUGACCUUCAGAGAAGCACAGACAAGUACGGAACCCACCUGCAGCCAAGCAGCUAUGAAAGGCCACAUGAAACAGCUGCUACUACCUUCAGAAAGCCCCAAGUUACUCUCAGGUCCCUCGACUUCAAGACUUACUCUGCAACACCUUCCAAGACGUACAAAAAGAGAGGUUUAGAGAUGAUGAGGAAGCAAACCAGAGUUGAGUACGAUGACACUAGCAGCGAUGAUGAAGAUAGGCUUGUUAUAGAAAUAUAG